UGGAUAGAUACCUCGCUCGUACGCUUCAGCUCGCUGACGAGCUAAUCUCUACAACAUCUGAGAAACCUAGCCAGCUAGCUACACGAGAACUUGUUUCUUCGAGAAAUCCACACAAUGUGGAAUCGAUGCACGUGUAUAAACGCAGUUUUUUUUUAUCGGACAUUAAGGGGGGCGGACACGAUCUAUUUAGCUUGCGCAUGUUCAUAUUUGAUUUAAUAUAAUAAACGAAACUGAUUUAUAUAAGAAAAUAUAAAACAAGUUAUUUUUCUAUCUCAGCAUCAUUUAAAGACAGACUGUUUUCACUAUCGAAUAACUCGUUUUGAGGAACAACUGUUGGUCCCACUGUCUACCUGAUGAGUAUGAGCGAGAUUACAGAACCUUCUAAUGAUGAUGCUCCCACUCUUACUGAAGCCGCCAUUAACCCUGCACCCACAGCCAUCAUUCCCCCUGCACCCACAGCCCCCACCCAGUCUGAGGUGACGAUGAUGACACCGGCUGAGAAGAUACAGGAGAAGGCGGCUGAGGAUGUGGUGGCCGUGGAGGAAGAGGAAGACGAAUAUGUGGUGGAGAAAGUUUUGAAUCGAAGGGUGGUGAAAGGGAGAGUGGAGUACCUUCUUAAGUGGAAAGGCUUUUCGGAUGAUGACAACACAUGGGAGCCAGAUGAUAAUUUGGACUGUCCCGACCUGAUUGCACAGUUUCUGCAGAAACAGAAAUCCGCUCAUGAGUCUGUAGGCAAGAGGAAGUCUGCGGAGCCUAAUGUGGAAGGAGAGGAAAGUCGACCCAAGAAGAAAAAAGACGACCCAGAGAAACUAAGGGGCUUCACUCGAGGUUUGGAUCCAGAGAGGAUUAUUGGCGCCACCGACUCCACUGGAGAACUCAUGUUCCUCAUGAAAUGGAAAAACUCGGAUGAAGCAGACCUGGUACCAGCUAAGGAAGCAAACGUGAAGUGUCCACAGGUGGUCAUAUCCUUCUAUGAGGAGCGGCUCACGUGGCACUCUUACCCCACAGAGGAGGAGGAGAAGAAGGACGACAAGAACUAGCCGUUUUGGAGAGAGGUAUCAAGCUGGUUCUGAAGACUGUAGAGGUAGUGUCAAGGGUUUAUGGGGCUCUAGGCAAAGGUUCUGAGACAAGCACGACAGCACAUGGACUCCCUUUUUGGUUUAAUUAUCACCCAUCAGGUUAAAAUCUCUGGAUAGGAUAUGACCAAAGUCAAUACAGGCUAUGGGUUCUCUUGAGAAAUCACAACCCUGGAAGAAAUGUAUAAUGCAGUGUUAAAUGUUAAGAUUCACUCUAGUGACCAUUUGGAUACUACAAGAUCAUUUUCACAGGGCAGUUGACUAAGAGGUCUAGGCCUUGUACAUUACUGUGUAGGCUGGUGGAAAUGUUAUCAUUCAUUGUCUUGUAAACAAGUCAACGGUGCCAUUUAGUUUUAUGUAAAUGUUUCGUAGCUUAUAGUGCCAAACAAUGUUAAUCUUUGCUCAUUUUGUGACUGUUUUAGUGUAUUGAGGUAACACAUUUUUGAAAACCAUGUUUUUUUUGUUGUUUUUUUAACUUUGCUCAUUUGUCCAUCUUAUUCUAACAUUUCAUAAACAGGACUUGCUUGUCUGUUUUUGGAGAAUAAACAACUUGUUACAAUUGU